AUGAAAUCACAAGUGUGUGCGAAUAAACAAAGCGAAUCUUACUCUUGUCUCUUAUCAGACUCCUUAGUAGUAAGGGGAAAAGGGAAAUCAAAGCGCAGAGAUAACAAAGCGGCCAAAAACCGCAAAAGAAAAGAGCGGAGAAAUAUCAAAGACAAAAAGCGGUUUUGUAACGCCAUUGAGACACGCAAACAGUAUAUCAAAAACCUGUCAAAUGAACAACUGACAUAUGAGCAAAUUACUCUACUAUCGCGUGAUCUAUUUUAUUUUAUUUUAUUUUAUUAGCUUCGCCAAAAAUAAAAAACAAACAAACAAACAGACAAACAGAAAAAGUUUAUUCCUACACCCGUGACAAAAGAAAAUCUUAUCAGGCGCCAGCUU